AGAAAAGAUCUGAAAAUGACAAGUAGAAGACUUGAGGAAUCGAUGGGGGCUGUUCAGAUGGGCUUAGUCAAAAUGUUAAAAGGGCUCCAAAGCAAGGUUUUGCCACCCCUGAGUCCCAGGGUGGUCACAGAAGAGGAAGUAAACCGCAUGCUGACACCCUCGGAGUUCCUGAAGGAGAUGUCCCUCACCACAGAGCAGAGACUGGCAAAUACCCAUGUGAUGUACCGGCCACAGAUCGUUGAACUCUUAGAUAUGGGGGAGACCACUCAUCAAAAGUUUUCAGGAGUUGAUUUGGAUCAGACAUUAUUCCAGCCCUUUCCAUCAGAGAUUGUGUUCCAGAACUAUACUCCCUGUGAAGUCUAUGAGGUUCCACUGGUACUGAGGAACAAUGACAAAAUUCCAAGGAUGGUGAAAAUUAUUGAGGAAAGUUCACCUUACUUUAAAGUAGUCAGUCCCAAAGAUAUUUGCCACAAGGUAGCUCCGGGAGUGCCAUCCGUAUUCCGAAUCCUCUUCACUCCAGAGGAGAACAAGGAUUAUUCCCAUAUGUUGACCUGUGUUACUGAAAGAGAGAAGUUUAUCGUACCCAUCAAAGCUAGAGGUGCUCGGGCCAUCCUGGAUUUUCCCGAUGAGCUGAAUUUUUCCAAUUGUCCUGUCAAAUACAGCACUCAGAAGAUUCUACUGGUACGAAACAUUGGCAACAAGGACGCUGUGUUUCACAUCGUAACUCAUAGGCCUUUCUCUGUGAAGCCCACGGAUGGAAUUCUUAACGUGGGGGAGUCCACGCAACUGGAAGUAGAGUUUGAGCCGCAGACCAUUGGCAAUCACAGUGGGAGGCUUGUCGUGUGUUAUGACACAGGUGAAAGGAUAUACGUGUCUCUCUAUGGAGCUGCUGUAGACAUGAAUAUAAGGCUGGACAAAAACUCCUUGAUCAUUGAGAAAACCUACAUAUCUCUGGCCAAUCAGAGGACUGUGACCAUCCACAACCGCAGUAACAUUAUUGCCCAUUUCCAGUGGAAGGCGUUUGCCACCCAGGAAGAGGAGGACAAAGAAAAGUAUAGGGUCUGUAAUGACCUGGCCAAAGAGGAAAAAGAUGAGACUGACGCAUUUAUGGAAGAGUUCAUCCUCGACCCUUCACUCCGACAGCGUCUUUCCAUCAUCUCCCACACCUUCAAGCACCAGAGGAGGGCGGUUCAAGUAGACCACAUGCUCAAUUUUAACAGUGUUUUCACCAUCGAGCCCCUGGAAGGUGAUGUCUGGCCCAACACAUCAGCUGAAAUCACUGUGUACUUCAACCCUGUGGAGGCCAAGUGCUAUCAACAGACCAUUUAUUGUGAAAUUUCAGGCCGAGAGAUCCGUCUGCCUCUGCGAAUCAAAGGGGAAGGAAUGGGCCCUAAAAUUCACUUCAACUUUGAACUGCUGGAUAUUGGGAAAGUUUUCAUUGGAUCUGUACAUUGCUAUGAGGCGAUACUGUCCAACAAAGGCAGCAUCGAUGCCCUCUUCAGCGUGACCCCUUCAACUACGCCGUUGGGGGCCUGCUUUGUUUUCUGUCCCAAAGAGGGCAUCAUUCAACCAAGAGGAGUCCAAGCUAUCCAGAUAAGCUUCAGUUCUGCCAUCCUGGGGCACUUUGAAGAGGAGUUCCUGAUCAAUGUCCAUGGGUCACCAGAGCCUGUGAAACUGACCAUUAGAGGCUGUGUCAUUGGACCCACCUUUCAUUUUAAUGUUCCUGCUCUGCACUUUGGGGAUAUUUCCUAUGGAUUUCCUCAUACUUUGACUUGUUCCCUCAAUAACACGUCUUUGAUCCCCAUGACCUUCAAACUGCGUGUCCCUGGAGAUGGCCUUGGCCCCAAAAGUACGGCAUUUUCUGAGAAGGAUUUAAUCAACAGACCAUCUAGGGCUGAUGAAGAUAUACUCACAAUGAAACCGAAAGAAUUCACCAUCACCCCCAACUGUGGCACCAUUCGCUCCCAGGGAUAUGCUGCUAUCAAGGUGACCUUAUGCUCCAACACUGUGAAGAAAUAUGAGCUGGCACUGGUGGUGGAUGUGGAGGGCAUUGGAGAAGAAGUGCUGGCGCUCUUAAUUACAGCCAGAUGUGUUGUACCUGCGCUCCAAUUGGUGAAUGCAGAGGUGGACUUUGGGCGCUGCUUCCUGAAUUACCCCUACGAGAAAAUGAUCCAACUUGUCAAUCCUGAUGACCUUCCAGGAUACUAUGAGAUCCUGCCUCAGGUGUGUGAGGACCAGCCUCCUGUGCUGCUUUGCAGCCCCACCCCCUAUGGGAUCAUCCCCCCCCACAGCACUGUGCACUUGCCUUUGGGCCUGAGGACCCAGGUCACCGGAGAACACAGGUCCACAGUCUACAUCUCUGUCUUUGGGAGCCUGAACCCUCCUAUGGUAUGUCAUACAAAGAGUAUCGGGGAAGGCCCUGUGAUCUACGUGCACCCCACUCAAGUUGAUUUUGGCAAUAUCUACGUCCUAAAGGACUCUUCCAGAAUUCUCACCCUAGCUAACCAGUCCUUCAUUCCUGCAUUGUUUCGGGCACGCAUGGCACACGAAAAGUCCCUUUGGACCAUUGAACCCAAUGAAGGCACAGUUCCUGCAGAAGGAGAUUUUCCACUGACAUUGACUGCCAACCUGAAUGACAUUCUGACGUUCAAAGACACAGUCAUUUUGGAAGUUGAAAAUAGCAACACGUUUCGGAUUCCUGUCCAGGCUUCAGGAAUUGGUUCUACCAUUGUUUCAGAUAAGCCCUUUGCUCCAGAACUCGACCUGGGAGCGCACUUUAGCCUGGAUACCCACUAUUACCACUUCAAGUUGACUAAUAAGGGACGUCGGAUCCAACAGUUGUUCUGGAUGAAUGAUGAUUUCCGUCCCCAGGAAAAGCUGUACAAGAAGGGACAGAUUAAGAAGAGACAUGCUGGUGGUCGUCCCCAGCCCAAGGACUCCCAGGAGCCCAGGGAUCUAGGAAGCCCCGUGUUUCAGAUCCACCCUGUCCGGAUGGAGCUCUACCCAGGCCAGACAAUAGAUAUGAUACUUGAAGGCUAUUCUGCUACUCCCAGGAUAGUCAAAGAAAAGCUGGUGUGCCAUGCCAUCAUUGGGGCCCAGAAGGGCAAGAGCUUGGUGAUGACCGUGACUGUCAUCUGUGAAUUUAUAGCACCUCUUAUCCAGCUCUCCACCAAGCAGCUCCUAUACCGACUAGAGAAGAAACCUAACAGUGCCUUGGAAGCUGAUUACCAGCCCUUGGCCAUAAAGAACAUUUCCACUCUGCCUGUGAACAUGAUGCUCUCAACAACUAGACCCUUCUUUAUAUGUGAGACUGAUAAAUCCCCGUUGCCCACAACGUCUGAGCCUAUUACACUGGACAUUGAUGAAGAAAAACAUCUGCUGGUCAAAUUCGAUCCCACCUACAGAAAUGAUUUCAACAACUGGGUUGCAGAAGAAGUGCUGGCAAUUAGGUAUCUGGAACACCCUCAGGUGGACAGCCUGAACCUGCGUGGAGAAGUGCAUUACCCCAACCUCAGCUUCGAGACCAUGGAGGUGGAUUUUGGCUGUAUCCUGAAUGACACUGAGGUCAUCCGCUACAUUACAGUCACCAACUACAGCCCCUUGGUUGUGAAGUUCCGCUGGUUCUUCCUUGUGGACGAUGAGGAAAAUAAGAUAAGGUUUGUGACAUGGGUAAAGAAGCCCAAUAGUACCCCUGUGUCCCAGAUGGAGUCUAUUCCAGCAACCUCAGCAUCUGCCAGCUCACCAGCAGUCCCUCCUACUGUAGAGUCACCCGAGGUGGAAAAUAGUGAUUCCAUUAGGACUAUCAUUAUGGAUGAAGAGAUGGGGUACGAAGACCAAGAAAUCAAAAAAAUGACAGCAUCUACUGUGAUCUCAGAUGGAAUAAAAAAUAACUCUACUGAAACAGAAAGAAGUCAGAGUCAGGUGGAGUUUCAAGAAUCCCCAUGGAUCUUUGAGCAGGAGGAGAUGCUUACCAUUGGGAUAGAAGAAGUGUUUGACAUUCUGCCCCUCUAUGGAGUUCUGCAGCCACAUAGUCACCACCAGGUAUCUUUCACCUUCUUUGGACAUGCUGACAUCGUUGCCCAAGCCAAAGCUCUGUGUGAAGUGGAAGGAGGGCCCACCUAUGAAAUAAUACUGAAGGGAGAGGCUUCCCUGGUCAACUAUUCCUUUGACACCAAGGAUAUUAACUAUGGAUUACAGCUGUUCAACUAUGUCACGGAGCGUGAAAUCACACUGAAGAACACUGGGAAAGUUGGCUUCGAGUUCAAGGUCCUGGCUGGCCACCAGACUUCAUCGGAAAACUUUCGUCCUGGGGUACCACUGAUUGUGCCUCUCUCGGGUUUUAUCAGUUCAUGUAAGGAGCAGGUAUUGAAGGUUUACUACUUACCUGGCAUACCUGAGAUCUUUGAAAGGAGCUUCCAGAUACAGAUCGCUCACCUGGUCCCAGAAAACAUUACUCUGAAUGGAGAAGGCUUCUUUCCCCGGAUCUGCCUGGAUCUCCCCAGGAAUAUUCGAGGCAAUGAAAAGUAUGAAAUCUUCUUGAACCAGGCUAGAAAAAACCUGGAAAAAGAGUUCAACAAAUAUGAAACUCUGGAUCACUUUGAGAUCAUAACUGAGGAAAUACCUGAGGACGAAUGUGCUGAGUUAAGUGCUCAUCUCCAGAUGGAAGUAGAGCGACUUAUAGUCCAAAACUAUGCCUUAGAACAUCAGAAAACAGUUAGCCCUGAUGCAGCAGAUGACACCGGCUUCAUCCACUGGAGUUGCCGCAGACUAUCCAAAGUCCACCUGCCUGAGUACAUCCUGGACUUUGGCUACAUUGUCGUUGGUGAAGUCCGAACCCACAUCAUCAAGAUUACCAACACCAGUCAUUUACCAGUGUCCUUCCAAGCAGAUAAGCGUGUCCUUCAUGACACAGGCUUCAGUACUCAGCUAGAUCGCAUUAAAAAUCUGCCUUAUUGUGAGACGGAAACAUUUGAAGUGAGAUUUGACCCACAAGGGGCUAAUCUUCCUGUGGGAAACAAAGAGGUCCUUCUGCCCAUCAAGGUGGUUGGAGGGCCAACCGUUCACAUCUGUCUCAAAGCCAACGUGACCAUCCCAGCUAUGACACUGUCUUGUGGAAAAGUGGAGUUUGCCACAGUUCAGUGUGGACAGUGCAUAAUAGAAACUAUUCAGCUUUCCAAUCAUCUCCAAGUCCCUUGUGAAUGGUUUGUCCAGAGCCAAUGUUCUGUAAGCAAGCUGAAUAAACACAUUCCAAAGUAUUUAAGAAGGAAACUUCGUGCUGAAUUAAAGCCAAAGUCCCGGACCUUUGAAAUACAACCCACCUCUGGAGUCUUGGAACCUGGUGAGAGGUCCAAUGUGCAGGUGAAAUUCAUACCAAAAGAAGAGAAAUUCUACAGCCAAACCCAAUUGUUCCAUAUUGGUCAGAGCCCUCAAAAGCUCUCCUUGCUGACAUCUGGGCAGGGUCUGGAGCCACGCCUGGAAUUUAGUCCUUCCGUUCUGGAACUGGGACCACUGCUGCCUUAUACCUCUGGAGAUGAGGCUGAGGUGAUAGUCAAGAAUCCCUGCAGCUUUCCAAUUGAGUUUUACUCCUUAGAAUUUGACCAGCAAUAUCUCUUUGAAGAAAAAAUCUUGCGACAACUGAAGGGCUAUGACUCCUACAACACCCUGCUGCUGCCACCCCGCAGUCCCGGGGAGAAGCUGCCCCCAGAACUGUAUGAAUAUUUUAAGGAGGUGAAGAAGUCAAAGGAAGAGCAGAUGAAGGCACAGGAGAAUGAAGACAAAGAUAUAACCAUUUCCGACCAGGGAACCUCUGCCAGCACAAAGCGAACAUCACUCAGCCGAGGGAUCUCUGUCACAUCCAACCUGGAAGAGCGGCACUACCCUGACCUCAGAAUCUACCCAGAUGAAGAAGAGGAUGAGGACAGCCUGGAAAAGAUAGUGUUUCAAAGUGAGAAGAUUCACAGCAUUGACAGCCAUUCCGCAGAAGAAGUUGGAGAGGUGGAAAACAAUCCAGUGAACAAGGCUAUCGCUCGUCACCUGGGCAUUGACAUUUUUUCAGAAAGCCACUUGGCCAAGAACCGGAAAGGCAUCGCCAUUAUCAUCCAUGGGACACCCUUGUCUGGAAAGACAGCCAAUGCUGUCAACAUAGCCAAAUACUACAGCGCAGCCUACUUGAACAUCGACUCGAUCGUGCUGGAAGCCAUAUCCGAUGGCAACAGCAUCCCAGGCAUCCGGGCCCGGGAGCUCUGUAUCAGGGCUGCCAUCGAACAGUCCAUGAAGGAAGGAGAGGACACUGCCCAGGAGGCUGCUGUAAACCAAAAUAUCUUAGCAACACGACUGAGCAGUGAAAACUUGGGGAAGCUUACGUCCGAUAUAACCCUGGUGAACCCAGAAUUUAAACCUGCCAAGAGCGUGCGUGGAAGUCUGCUGUUACCCAAAAGCAAGGCAGAAAGCCACGGCUCAGGGUCGCAGAAGCAGCAUCACCAGCACCAGUCGGAAACACCACAGAUUUCCUACAGCCCUCUCCUCGGGCCCACCCAGCGCCGGCUCAGCGUCAGCGCCAGCAUCGGAGGUGAGUCCGGGCUGAUGAGCUGUGUGCUCCCUGAAGAGCUUCUCACGCAGAUCCUGGCCGAACGGAUACAGCUAAAUGACUGUUUCCGCGGGGUGGUGUUCGAUGGCCUGGACACCCUCUUUGCCCGCAGCGCGCCUGCCGCCCUCCUCUGCCUGCUAAAGGCCCUCGGCAGCCGGGAGCACAUAUACGUCCUCAACAUGGCCCAGGACUACACAGCCAUGAAGGCCCAGGAGAAGGCCAAAAAGGAGCAGGAAGAAAGCAAACACAGGGAAGCUCUUCAGAAAGAGAAGGACCGUCUCCAAAACAUGGAUGAGGAAGAAUAUGACGCUUUGACAGAGGAGGAGAAAAUCAUGUUUGACCGAGAGAUACAGAAUGCACUCCGGGAGAGAAAGAAGAGGGAAAUGGAGAGACUGGCCAAGGAGAUGCAGGAGAAGAAGCUACAGCAGGAGCUCGAGAGACAAAAGGAGGAGGAUGAGCUGAAGCGAAGGGUCAAAAAGCUCAAGCCAGGCCUCCCCGGGAAGGAGGAGCCCCCCGUGAAGAAGCCUCCAGUGCCAAACAAGCAGAUUAUUACUUCCAGCAAACCAGAUCUCAAGAUGGAGCCGCUAGAAAGGAAGAUUUCUGUCCAGGAGCAACUAACGGUGGAGAAGGAAGAACAAAGCAAGAAAAAAAAAACCAUGACCGAUGUCAACUCGUUUGGGGCUCCUCUUGUCCCGGAACAAGAGGAGAGUGAAGGGGACUUCCCAAAGGACUCUGAAAAGCAAUUGGCCCAGAAGUUCAAGGCCUAUGAGUUGAGCCUGAAGGAUAUCCAGGCCAUGCUGGUGUUCUGGGACCGCAAGCAAGGAGUUCAGCUGCCUCAAGGAGGGAUGGAGGAGGUGCCCCACGAGCCCGAUGACCAGCGCCAGGCUCCCUCGGGGCGGCGGGGCCGCAAGGACCGGGACCGGGAGCGCCUGGAGAGGGAGAAGGCCGAGAGGGAGCGGCUGGAGAGGGAGAAGGCCGAGAGGGAGCGGCUGGAGAAGCUGCGGGCCCUGGAGGAGCGCAGCGACGGGGAGGGGGAGGGGGAAGAAGACCACGAGGGCAAGAAGGACCUGGGGGUGCCCUUCAUCAACAUCCAGACUCCGGACCCCGAAGGCUUGAACUGGAAGCAGGCCCUGGAGAACGACAGGCUUCCCGAGGCCGAACAGAUCCUGGACAUCUUGGGUCUGGGGUCCUCUGGACCACCCAUCCCACCUCCUGCCUUGUUCUCUGUCAUCUCCUACCCUGUGAAGCGGCAACCCAUCGCCACCAUUGACAUCUUGAAACACUUUGUGUUUGUGACUCCACCAACGGAUGAGGUCUCCCUGGUAGAAGAAAAGAAAGAACCAGACGCAGAAUUUGAACUUGGCACCAACACUAUCUCUCCAAAGGUCCAAGAGGAACAGCCCACCUCAUCUAAGGGGGGAAGACAGAAAACAAAAGAAAAACCAGAACAAACCCGUGAGACUCAGAAGGAAAAACGUCUCAUGGCCUUCAACAGGAAGGGCCUUGCUGGGGGGCCUGCUGGGAUCAUCACGCCCCUGACCGACAUGGACCAGAACAACUUCAGCAGGCAGCACUCUCAGGAGAAAUUCAUCAGGCUGAAUCACUUCCGAUGGAUCGUGCCAGCCAAUGGAGAGGUGACACUCCGAGUACACUUCUCUUCUAAUAGUCUGGGGAACUUUGAUCAAACCUUUAACUUUGAGAUACUCGGAACUCGCCGCCAGUACCAGCUUUAUUGCCGAGGUGUCUGCACUUACCCGUACAUUUGCCAAGACCCAAAAGUGGUAUUCCCUCAGCGGAAGAAGGACAUGAAGCCAAAUGAGGUCAUCUUUAAGCAGUAUAUUAUGAGCUUGGAGAAGUUUUCCUUUGGACCACUCCUUUGUGGAAAAUCAAGAGAUAAGUACAAGUCAUCCUUGUUCCCAGGCAACAUGGAGACGCUGACCAUCCUGAACAGUUCCCCAAUGGUGGUGGAGGCAUUCUUCUGUUUUCAGAAUGAUGUCAAAGCAAGUACCUACUUUCUGGAGCCUGUCAACAUGACUCUGAAACCCAAUGAGAAACAGAUGCUAACCGUGUGGGCUUACCCUACUACAGUUGGCGUCAUUGAAGACAGCAUUGUCUGCUGCAUCAAGGAGAACCCAGAGCCAGCUAUCUUCAAAUUAACCUGCCAGGGGAUCCGUCCAGAACUCGAGCUAGAGCCCAAACAAAUACAUUUUGACCGGCUCUUGCUCCACAGAAAAGAAUCCAAGAUAGUUCUCCUCCACAAUGUCACGCCCCUGACUGUGGCCUGGCGGGUUACCAGCCUGGAGCACCUGGGCGAAGACUUCUCCAUGUCCAUGAUGCAGGGCACCAUCCCGCCCAAGGGGAAGUACAGCCUGAACAUACACUUCCAGCCCUCCAAACCCAUCAACCUCAAGAAGGCCAUUCGGUUGGAGGUUUUAGAUGCAGAAAAUCUUGUUGGUGUUGUUCAGAUUGAAAACAUCCUGGUUUUUGCAGAAGCGUAUGACAUUGCCUUGGACAUCACCUUCCCCAAAGGUGCUGAAGGAGGCCUCGACUUUGGGACUGUGAGGGUCAUGGAGGAAACAAAGCAGCCCCUUCAACUGAAGAACCGAGGGAAAUAUGAGAUCAUGUUCAGCUUUUCUGUGGACUCCUUGGGGAUUUCAGCCAUCAAUAUGAGUUCCUUGAUCACAGUCCUACCCAAAAAGGGCUCACUGACUGCAACAGAAAAGCCCACAAACGUCCAGGUGUUCUUUAGGGCCAGAAAGGAAGUGAAGGUCGAGCACCAGCCCAUUCUGCGCUGUCAGAUUAUUGAGCCCAAUCUUGCAGAAGGAAGUGAGAUCAUUGCCAGCAUCCCAAUUAAAUGUUCUGUGAAUGCAGUGCAUUCCAAAUUCAACAUCAGCCCCUCCUCCAUCAUCAACUUUGGGGCUUUGAUCUGUGGCACUCGCAGGAGCACCACCUUCACCAUAGAAAACCAAGGCAUUAUCGACUUCAAGUUCGCCCUCUACAGGCUGACACGGGAGAGCCACAUGCACCAAAAGAAAGUAGCUGGCCACAAUCGACACACCAGAACCCGGGAAAGUGAGACCUUCUUCAAGACUGGCACUUCCAAAACAGCCAAGUUCUCAGACUCAAUUCAGAAAGAUGUGACCAUCACAAGCCAGGCCCGCUUCUCUCAUGGUAUGUUCACCGUGUACCCUGGGUUCGGCUCCGUUCCCCCUGGAGGACAGCAGGUCAUCACCGUGGAUUGCGUGGCUGACCCCGUGGGAAGGUGUGAGGAGUUCAUAGCCAUCGAUAUCACCGACCGCGACCCUAGAGAAUAUCCUGCUGGCAUUUCUUACACUCUGCUUGCGGAAGCAUGUAUGCCAGCCUUUGUGACGGACAACAAUGCUUUGAUAUUCGAGGAGCACCAGAUCUGUUCCAGCCCCAACCUACACUACAUCUUGCAGACCAUAAAGACUGGGGGACUCUUUGUGGAGGAUGAGAACAAGUUCAUUUUCUGCAAUGUCCUGGUGGGCCAUCAGGCCAAGGCUCGGUUCAAGAUCAGCAACCUGGGAAAGAUCGCCUGUGAUGUCAACAUCGCAGUUAAGCCCAUCUCCAAUAAGGUCAUCGCACGCAUCACGGACAUCUUUGAAGUGGAACCCAACAAGAUGUGUGUCGCCAGCCGCUCACAUGCCUUUGCCACGGUGUCCUUCACCCCACAAACCAUGCAGACCUACCAGUGCAUCUUUGAGGCUACCUUAGAUGGCUUGCCCAGCAGUCUGGCCAGGAACCGAGGCCUCAUAUUUGAUAUUGUUGGUGAGGGGACCCUCCCACGAGUGACCGUUGUGCGGCCCGUUCUGUAUAACCAGUAUGGAAAACCCUUGCUCCUCUUUAAGAGGCUUCUGCUGGGGCAUUCAGAGAAACUGCCUGUCAUCCUCAAGAACAAUGGCACCGUCCCUGCCCAGCUGCAUGUGGACCUGCAAGAUCAACUAGGAAUCUUCUCCCUGAAAAAGAGACCCAACACCUCCUUCAUCUACAUCAUAGAGGAAAACAAACCAAAUGAAAAGGCAAAAAAACCCCACAUGGCUUCCCUGGUUGUUUCUCCUGGAGACACCGCUGAAUUUGAUGUCGUUUUCCACUCCCAGAAGGCUGGGAGGAUGACUGGCUUCAUCCACUUGUCAGUCAUCAACAACCAGUACGAGGAGACCCUCAUCCACUUGGUGGGAGAAGGCUAUGAGGAUGACAUCACCUUGGACAACAUCCAUGGGCUGGUGCCUUCCGCUGGCCAGGAGACCUCGCCCAUCUCAGAGGUCUUAGAGAUAGCCGAGAACAAUGCCGUGGAAGACAUGGUGGCAGCUGCGUUGAUGGACCACAUCCAGUUUGGGGACUGUCACAUUGGAAACAGCUAUAAUGUGAAUUUCACAAUCACUAAUCACAGCCAAGUGAAUGUGAUACGGUUUGAAUGGCCUCUUUUAGCUACAAUAGCUUUCUCCCCACAGUUGGGCCACCUCCACCCUGGUUGUACCAAGGACAUAGUGGUGACCAUGAAAUCAGAUGUGCCAAUCCACCUGAAAAAGAUGGGGGUCAAGUGCAAGCUCUCCAGGAUCGUGUUCCAGCUCCCUGCAGAGCAGGUUCCCGACUGGGAUGACCGCAUGCACACUAUCAAGUGGGUGGAUGCAUCUAGAAAUGCUCCUGGAACUUUGCCUACAAAGCGAAAGGUGAUAGAGACGGAUCCUGAACCUGCCCACUCAGUCCUAGAAGAAAACUACCGAGAACUGCAGAUUCAGAUCAGUGCCACUGUGGAUUACGCUUCAUACCAGUGCCAAAUGAAUGAUGUAAACUUUAAGGAUACGCUGGUUUACCAGACCAGAGUGUUUGAACUCGACCUGGUCAAUUCAGGACGUGUACAGCUUGAAUUCAGCUGGACCUCAGAAGAUACUGCAAAAGCAGUCAGCUUCGUGAUGCCAGGAGUGCAAGGUUCUGCUCUAAAAGAUCAGCUUAGUCAGGGCACGGGCAGCACCCCGGACAGUGGAAUGGACCACUGGAACGAAGCUUCCCCCUCGGCCUUCUCUGUGGAGCCCUCCUCCGGCAUCGUGCCCGUGGGAAAGACUCAGAAGCUCAAAGUGAAAUUCUCCCCACUGGACUUCGGAGAGUUCGAAAGCAACCUUUUCUGCCAGAUUCCCAACCUGCUGCCUGGAGAGCAAGCUCCAGUCCUGGUAGCGAAAGGACGGAGCUUCUUGCCCCUCUGCCAUUUUGACCUGAAAGAUUCGGACUACAUCACUGGUCAUCGGCGCAACGCAGAGCUCCGAGGGUCUGAUUCAGGACCUCUGGAUGCAAACACCCGGGUGAUUGAGUUCACCAGUGUGGGCGUAGGAGAAAAGAAUCUCCAGACCUUUACAAUCCUGAACCCAACCAAUAGUGCCUACUCCUUCCGCUGGAUGUCUGAAGAAACUGAAAGUCUCCAGAACCCUCCAGCCUUCACAUGCCUCACAGAGAAGGGCUGUAUCCACCCUGAAAAGAAAGCUGAGAUUGUGUUCCAGUUCACACCUUCCCAUCUGGACAUCACGGAAGCAUUCUGGACCUUCUUAAUCCCUGAACAUAAUAUCUCAGUCCCUUUCCUUCUGGUGGGCAAAGCCAUUGACCCUCUCAUCUCUCUGGACAAGUCACACAUCAACUUCAGUUCUCUCCUUAUUGGCAGAGAAGCCCGGGAGACUGUGCAGAUCAUCAACAAGGAGGACCUGGGCUUCAACUUUGCCUUUCAGGACAACUCCCGAUAUUCUGAAGGCUUCAGCAAUAGCCUGGUGGUUUGUCCCAUGGAAGGCUGGAUUCCACCACUGUCCAGGGUAUCAGUUGAUAUUUUCUUCACACCAAAGCAUGAAGGAGACGUGAACUUUAAUUUGAUCUGCAAUGUGAACAAGAAAGUCCACCCUCUGACAUUAAAUGUCAAAGCUGAGGGAUACACUAUGAAUGCAGAGGUCAAGUGCAAGGACAGGAUUGGCUCCGUCACUCUCUUGACACCCAACCAGACCAACAUCAUCAACUUCUAUGAGGCGGAAUUAAAUGAAUGUGUACAGUGUGAAUUCAGUUUUACCAACGCUGGGAAGUUCAACUUCAACUUCCAGGGAGAGCUUGCCGGGCCCAAAACCCUAUUGAAGUACUUUGAAUUUUCACCUACCAACGGCACUGUGAAUGUGGGGCAGAGUGAACACGCCACCCUGACUUUCCACCCAAAUCAGAAGUGUGUCUUGAAUGGCCUGGAACUCAUAAUUAAGAUCAUCCAUGGCCCGACAUUUAUAUGUAGCAUCUCAGGCUGUGCUGUGAGUCCAGCCAUCCAUUUCUCCUUUACCAGCUACAACUUUGGGACUUGCUUCAUCUACCAAGCUGGGAUGCCCCCAUACAAACAAAUCCUGGUUGUCACCAACAGGGAAGAAACAUCCAUGAGCAUAGACUGUUUGUACACCAACACCCCACACCUGGAGGUGAACUUCCGUGUGGAUGUGGUGAAGCCAGGAAAUUCUCUGGAGAUUCCAAUUAUCUUUUAUCCUCGAGAAACUAUCAGCUAUCAAGAACUCAUCCCCUUCGAGAUCAAUGGGCUCUCCCAGCAAAUUGUGGAAAUCAAAGGGAAAGGCACUGAAAUGAAGAUUUCAGUCCUAGAUCCAGCCAACAGGAUUGUGAAGUUAGGAGCUGUCUCACCAGGAAACGUUGUGACGAAAAUGGUUUCCAUCAAGAACAACAGCCUUGCCCAGCUCACAUUUAACCAGUCAGUCCUGUUCUCUGUUCCAGAACUCCAGGAACCCAAGGUCAUCACCUUAAAACCCUUCCAGAACAUCACUCUGAAGCCCAAAGAAGUCUGUAAAGUGGAAGUCACCUUUGCCCCAAAGAAGCGUGUCCCUGCCUUCUCCGAAGAAGUGUUCAUGGAAUGCAUGGGACUCCUGCGCCCCCUCUUCCUCAUCAACGGGUGCUGCCAGGCCCUGGAGAUCUCCCUGGACCAGGAACAUGUUGCCUUUGGACCAGUUGUGUAUCAGACUCAAGCCACCCGCCGCAUCCUCAUGUUGAACUCGGGUGAUGUGGGUGCAAGGUUUAAAUGGGAUACCAAAAAAACUGAGCCUCAUUUCAACAUCACCCCAGAAGAAGGCUAUAUCACCUCAGGCAUGGAAGUCUCUUUCGAAGUGACCUACCGUCCCACAGAGGUGGGAAAGGAGAGUCUCUGCAAAAACGUGCCUUGCUUCAUCCAGGGAGGUAAUUCUCUAUGCCUCACCCUGUCUGGAGUCUGCGUAGGACCACCUGCAGUAAAAGAGGUGGUGAAUUUCAACUGCCAGGUACGCUCCAAGCACACGCAGACCAUCCUGCUGUCAAACCGUACCAACCAGACCUGGAAUCUGCGCCCCAUCUUUGAGGGCGAGCAUUGGGAGGGGCCUGAGUUCGUCACCCUGGAGGCCCAUCAGCAGAACAAGCCCUAUGAGAUCACCUACUGGCCCCGCACCAUGAACGUGGAGAAUCGCAAGCACCAGGGCACUCUCUUCUUUCCCCUCCCGGAUGGGACUGGCUGGCUGUAUGCUUUGCAUGGGACUUCUGAUGUUCCCAAAGCUGUCGCCAAUAUCAGCCGUGAAGUGCCAUGUAAGACCCCCUACACUGAGCUCCUGCCAGUCACCAACUGGCUGAACAAGCCCCAGAGAUUCCGGGUCAUUGUGGAAAUGCUGAAGCCAGAGAAGCCAGACCUCAGUGUCACUAUGAAGGGCCUUGAUUACAUCGACGUACUCUCUGGCUCCAAGAAGGACUACAAGCUCAACUUCUUCUCCCAUAAGGAGGGGCUGUACAAUGCAAAGGUGAUCUUCAGAAAUGAGUCCACCAAUGAGUUCUUGUACUACGUAGUGAGUUUCAAGGUCAUCCCUUCAGGCGUCAUCAAAACCAUCGACAUGACUAGCUUGGUCCGGCAGAGUACGUCAGCCUCCAUCAAGGUGGAAAACCCCCUGCCCUACUCGGUGACCUUCUCUACAGACUGCAGGGUGCCGGACAUCAUCCUGCCCUCCCAGUUUAUCGUGCCUGCCAACUCUGAGGGCACGUUCUCAUUCGAAUUCCAGCCCCUGAAAGCUGGAGAAACCAUUGGAAGACUAACUUUGCACCACUAUGAUCUGGGCUACUAUCAAUAUGAGCUCAAUUUGAAGGCCGUGCCAGCACCUCCUGAAAAACCUGUCCAUUUCCAGACUGUUCUUGGCAGCAAUCAAAGCAUGUUCGUGAAGUUCACCAACUAUACCCGGCUGAAAACAGAGUACUUCUGCAGGACAGACUGUUCAGACUUCCACACAGAGAGAGUUAUCACCGCACCUCCAGGAGCCCAGGGGGGCACUGAAGUCAACGUGGAAGUCUUCUUUGAGCCCAGCCACCUGGGUGAGACCAAGUGCACCCUGAUGCUGACAUCACUUAUGGGCGGGGAAUAUACCAUCCCCCUCUUUGGAAAGGCCCUGUACCCCAAGCCCCAAGGCCCCUUCCUGAUCCGAGCUGGCUGCAGCAUAAUCAUCCCCUUCAAGAAUGUCUUCUUCCACACGGUGUUCUUCUCCUACUCCCUGGACAGCCCAGCCUUCCUCGUCCGGGCUCUGGAUUCUGUGCGGCCCAAGAAGAUCAACAACAUCACAGUUUUCUUUGAAGGAAACCCAUCAGGCAGCAAAAUCCCCAUCACCACCAAGCUCACUGUGACCUGCCCUCCCAGCGAAGGCAAUGAAACUGGAAUUAAAUGGGUCUAUUAUCUGAAGGGGAUCACCCCUUAGUGACAGCCAGGAUUCCCUGCAUCAACCAAAAGCUAUCUUCUCAGCCUGAAGAGUCACACAUUGUUUUAGCAUAAUACAAAAAAAGAGAAGAAAACAGGAACUCUGAAGAGAUUGUUCUCUUCAUUUAAUUAUAGGGGCAGUUAUUUCUGUAUCUUAUGUUUUCCAAAUAUAGACAUGAAAUAGAUAUUCCAUAUUAAACUCUAUA